UUGCGGUAAUCCCUGCAAUUUAGCAGAAACCGGAAUUACAGUAAAUACUACAAAAAGGAACAUAAUUUAUCAACUUUGUAACACAAACRUUAGAAAUUCAGUUCCUUGCUCGCGUUCUGCAAAAAAUCGGGGCUUCGCUGUAUUUUAAAUGGACUUGCCUAAAUCCGGUUACUCCUGUUUCCUCAUGAUCCAAAAACRGACAUGUUUAGGUUUCCUGUAAGUUUCCUUUUGAAAAAGACAUCCAUGUUUUCAAUUAGAUAUGGCUUGUUUGAGGUUUAAGGUUUGAUAAAAUUGAGAAAUUGCAAUAUUCAACAACRUCUUAGUUGUCUGUUUACCUAACAUCGUGCAGCCAUCAUUUUAAUCUCAUUUUACAGAAGUAGUUCGGUGAGUUUGGCCUGUGGGGUAAAGUGUGACGUUUGAGAAACAAACUGGUUCUUUGAAAAAGACCGAAUAGGAUAAAAAUCUGGUGUAUAAAGAGGUUCAUUUUUACUAGCUGGACUGUGGUAAAACUAUUUACUGAAGGUUAACGGUAUUCAUUAGGGACACACGAUUGCUGUCACAAGGCGGCCAUAUUGGAUUUUGAGACUUUAUCUGAGCUGUUAAUUUUUACAUUCAAAUUUGAGUGUUAAUGGAGUGCAGCAAUAAGAUUCAAGCAUAAAAAAAAUAUGCAAGUUUUUUCCCCAUAACAAUACAGAGAUACUUUGUAAAUGAAGAGACGGGACAUUUUUUGGCCUCUUCGCUUUCCCUUCUUGCUAAAAAAAAAAGGGACCGCCAAAGACUAAAGGAAAYCCCUCCACGCUGAGUUCCUCUGACUGGACACUCAUUGUUUGGAUCACUUGAAGGAUCCGGGGCAGGAAUCUGUGGAGGCUAAGCUUCUGAUAAUUGGUGACCCCCAGAUUAGCGAGGGUGAACGAUAUUGUGGCGUUUUUUUUCUGGUUUCGACGCUGAAUGCCUUGGCACAAAAGGGUUUCUUGCUAUGAGUUUUGUGAAUGUAUCUCUUUAUKCUAGUGUAUAAUUACACACACAUCAGUUUUAACUGCUGCCUCAGGGCUUCCUGCAGAGGUGGAUGGUAGAAGGAGAUGGACGUGUAGACUUUUAUUUGUUGCAGGCAGUAAAGAAACGUGAAACUCCUCAAAGUCUUGGUAAAGCACAAUGUUUGGAUCAUUUUGCAUUAUUUUGACAAAAAAUAUGAUCCAAUACAUUUUGUGGAGCUCUUUAGAGUCAUAAAAGUAAGUAUAUUUUGAGAAUAUAUUCCUGUACGUUGCURAAUAAUGGUUGCCAUCUUGCCCUCGCUCAGCAUGUUUUCAACUGAUCAUUCAUACUCAUGUCCGUGCACUAGUGGAUGCUGCUUCUGUCUGACUUUGGCUGAUCCAAUUUAAGGAUAUGGUCAUCUAGAAUUAGCUUGUUUUGACCAGCCUGCAAGGCACCAUGGGAGGCUGGGGGAGCUUAGGCCAACCGGUAAGCAGCUAGAGUAUAAAAACRCAGGGCUGAACAGCCGCAGAGGCUUAGCGAGGGUCGGAUCUGUAGCUCGAGGAGCCGCUUCGGCCACAGUGUUCAGUAGCAAGCUGUGAUCGACGCCUGCAAACAUGGUUCUGGAGGAAACUGAUGUGGAAAUGAUUGUUGCUGAGAUUGAAGUCAGCGAACACGAUGUGGAGACUCCUCAUGGAAGACUUCGCUGCACCAUGAAGGGGGUYCCCAAAGGGGACAGACCCGUCAUCCUUACCUUCCAUGACAUUGGACUGAACCACAAAACCUGCUGGGACACGCUCUUCAACCAYGAGGACAUGUCGGAAAUCAUGCAGCACUUUGCUGUGUGUCACGUCGACGCCCCGGGRCAACACGAAGGAGCCAACACCUUCUCUACCGGAUACGAGUAUCCUUCCAUGGACCAGCUGUCUGAGACGUUCCCUUUGGUACUGAAGCAUUUUGGGCUGAAGAGCGUCAUCGGAAUGGGCAUCGGAGCCGGAGCCUACGUCCUGACCAGAUUCGCCCUGGACUAUCCUAACAUGGUAGAGGGUCUGAUGCUCAUCAACAUCAACCCAUGUGCUGAAGGAUGGAUGGACUGGGCUGCAAACAAGAUCAGCGGCUGGGCCCACGCCAUGCCGGACAUGAUCAUCACUCACCUGUUUGGAAAGGAGGAGAUCAACCACAACCACGAUUUGAUCGCCACGUACCGCCACCACAUCUUAAACACCAUGAACCAGUUCAACCUGCACCUCUUUGUCAAGUCCUAUGAAAGCCGACGGGAUCUUGAAAUCGAGAGGCCUGUCCCUGGAAUCAAUGCCAGAACUCUCAAGUGUCCUACUCUGCUGGUGGUUGGCGACAAUUCUCCUGCUGUGGACGCUGUGGUUGAGUGCAACACCAAACUGGACCCAACCAAAACCACCCUGCUGAAGAUGGCAGAUUGUGGCGGCAUGCCCCAAGUUGACCAGCCUGGCAAACUGACGGAGGCUUUCAAGUAUUUCAUCCAGGGCAUGGGAUACAUGCCAUCUGCCAGCAUGACCCGCCUGGCCCGUUCCCGCACCGCCUCCGGCUCCAGCGUCACCUCCGACGGCAACCGCUCGCGCUCGCACACCACCGAGGGCAACCGCUCGCGCUCGCACACCAACGAGGGCAGCCGCGCCCGCAGCCACACGGACGGCACGGCCAACAACAACGUGGACCAGUCCGUGCCCAAGUCCACCGAAGUCUCCUGCUAAACGAGCCGCCGCUGCAGACACGCACGUACACACACAUGUACACACAUGGUCCUCUUUAUUUUGUGCUGCGUUCCCUCCUAAUUAUACACAGUUAUUUCUACACACAUAAUGCACAUGUAUGUUGGGAAAAGGAAAAACUAAGAAAUGCGCACAAAGGACUCUCAUCUGCAGAGUUUUUUGCAUUUGAGAUGCCUGAAUUUGAACAUUCAUCUUUUUUAAAAUAGGAGGUCAACUAUUUUGUCAUUCAGGGACUCACGUGAACACAAAAUGUCAAAACUCUUCGAGGGCAGUUGGAGGCAACGCAGCGUUAAGGCACAGAAGCAGAGAAAGCUGUGGCUCCAGCUUCAGCUCAAACAAUCUCUCUUGCAUUAAAAAAACAUAAAAAAACAUUCCUCGAUCCUUUUUAUUUUGUCCACUUUUCCUAUAAUCACAGCUCUCRAACAUUACCUGACUGUAAAUGUCUUUUGUGUUCUAACUGUAACUGAUCAUUUAUUCCCAUUAUUCCAUGGCUGAGAAGUCUUGUUCUGUGUGCAUAGCUGCAGAUUUGUAGACAUGAGGAGAAUGUGGAGGAUGAUUAGGAAAGGGCUGUUUUUGUUUAGUCUUUUUUUUUCAUAAAUUAAGGGAAAAAGUUCAAGAAUAUCCUGUAAAUAUGCAAAUUCCUUCCUGCCAUGCAUCRUCUUUGAGGUGUUGGGAUUUUUUUUCCAUCCCCCUGAAGUUUAUGAUUUUUUCAUUUUAUUUCUACAUGUGAACCACAACCCAAACUGUAUUUUUAGAACACGUGACUGAGAAUUUGCUUUGUAAUGAAUCAAAAAUACAAAUUCAGCAAUUCAUCAUCAUGCUUUAUUUGCUUUGUUUYUGUUUUGUUUUUCCUCCUAUUUUUACAAUGAUUUCUAUGCGUUUAAGAACAAUGGAACAAAGAAGAGAAAAAAAAAAGUGCCAUGGCAUUGUUCACUCGUGGGAUGCGGUGCUUCUUUUUUGUGGUUGUGGAUAUGUGGCUGAGUAAAGAGGGAAAAGGUCCAGACGUUAUGAAGAGAGUCAUAGAGACUGUAACCUGAUACCUUCUGUAUUGUCACUUUUACUACAGCAACAUUUUACUUUGCAAAAGUCAUUAACACAGCUUUGUAAAGAUGCACAAACCAUCUAUUGCUGUAGAAAAAGCAUUAAAAACAUAACAGUUUGUAUUUAUUAAAAAAAAAUGACAAUAAAAACUUGUAACACA